CGCCCGCACCAGUUGACUCUUUUUUGUUUGGUGUGCAGGUCGGAGAUUCACUACUGACGUUGAACCUGGUUGACUCCAGAAUGGCUUUAGCUCAAUUCAAAAAUAAGAUAUGUGAAAUGUGGAGUCCUCUCCUAGAGACAAACACUCGGAAAAAUUGCAACUCUGUCAAACUGACAAUGCGAAUUGCAUCCUGCCAUCCUCUGAACUCGAGGACCAACUGCACAAGCGGCAGCAGCAGCAGCAGCAGCAGCAGCAACAAUGGGUGAAGAAGAAGAAGACCAAGUCAUGACCCCCCCUUCGGGGGAGGAGAGCUCUCAUUCCACCAGAGCGGGGUCCGUCAACCGCGUCAUUCCACGCCGUAAUCGUAACCGCAUCUCAUUGUCUUGCACCGAAUGUCGAGCGCGAAAGGUCAAAUGCAAUCGAGCUCGGCCUUGCAACCACUGCAUCAAACGCAAUUGCGUCGACAAAUGCGUCUACAUUACCAACCGUAAGGCUCGUCCAGCACAGCGGGCCUUUUCGGACGUCUAUGGACGAGCCCAGUCCCCUUUAGCCAAUGGCACCGAUGACCCCUCGGACUCGAAAGCACCACAUGCUCGCGAUCGAAUUGACCGAUUGGAAAAGCUCGUGCUGCAUCUCAUGUCGGAAAAUGUCCAAAUGCGCGAUGCACGGGGUCUGGCUCCCAUGCCUACGGCCAAUCUCGGAGGCAUACAGAUCGACAGAGACAUGUUUCGCGACGCGGAUAUCUCCCUGCCUUUUAGAGGGAGCGUCAGUGCAGCGAGCUCGAGUGAACCGUUCAGUCCACACGAAGUGUCAUCCGCCUCUAUCAAUGCCACUGACGAGGACACUGCCCGGGCCUUGGGUGUGAUGAGAUCCCAUCGAGGCAUCCUGACAUACUGGGGCGCCAGCCAUUGGGCCAUGGUGCCGCCAGAAAUGGCCGAUUUCAAGGGCAUUUAUGGACACACAAAACCAAGUGCAGCGCAUCUUCUAACCAAGAAGAAGAGCCAAAUGAAACUAUUAAAGACCAAUCCAGAGCUGGCGCUGUGUGGUGGUGGAUUGGACAUGCUGGAAGGAAAUGGGAAUUCCAUCUUGAUUCGGUUUCCGUUUAGUACACUGAAGCCAGUGACAAAAGCGCGAAUGCUGCAGACGUUGCCGGAGCGCAAGACUGUCGACUCGCUGGUCGAUCGAUUCUUUUCGUUUUUCAAUCGCUCGUAUCAUGUCUUGCACGAGCCGACGUUUCAUGAAGAGUAUAAUGCUUUCUGGAUAAACUAUUCCAAGCCCGACUUUGAUGCCGAGAAUGUCGACUUUGGCUGGCUCUCCCUUUUAUUCGCAAUCAUCGCAUUGGCUGUGCACUCGAACCUCGGGAGCGUCAACAUCCCCCGCGAACCGUGGGAAUCGGCGCUCGCAUCUGCGUUUUCCUACAUCCGCGCUACUGAACAAUGUCUCUUUUUGUCCGGCAACUUUACACGAAAACCCACUCCGUCAACCCUCACGGCCAUGAUUCUCGUCUUCUUCGCCCGCAGAAUGCGCGUUGAGGAAGUUCAGGGCUCGCUUUGGGUCUUUCACGGCGCGAUUGCCCGCAUGGCACUCAGCAUGGGUUUGCACCGAGAUCCCAAACCGUACGGGACCAUUCCGGCUUCCGUAUCCGAAGUCCGGCGCCGCCUUUGGGCGACAGUGCUGUGCACCGACAUUCUCGGAUCCCUUCACAUUGGGCUUCCGUCAACCAUGUAUCAUGUAGAAUCCAACAGCGAGAUGCCACUAAACAUUCACGAUCACGAACUCAGUCGCGAGGCCACUGAGCUCCCUCCUGGUCGACCGCUCACAGAAUACACGGGCACGUCAUUUCUCAUCAUCAAGACACGGUUAUCCCUUGCCUUUGCUAGCAUCGUUGCCCAAACCACCACUCUCCGCGCUGGAGUUUCGUACGAAGAUAUUCUCAAAUGGGACUAUAAACUCAAAGAAAUCUUAUCGUCAAGUCCAGAUAUGCUCCGCCUGAAACCCCUAGUCCGGUGGGGCGGCGACCCCCUCUGGCUCAUCAGUCAGCGCUGUGCGUUGGACAUUCUUUACCAAAAGGCCUUGUUAGCCUUACAUACGCCGUAUACGCUACGAUUCAGAAACAACAUGCGGUUUGCAACAUCGUAUCAGGCGUCGGUCGAAGCAGCCGUUGCGUUACUUCAACAUACGGUACAAUUAUACCAAGUUGAUUCAUCGCUACUGGAUCAAGUUGAAUGGCUUACCGAGUCAUUGCUCACGCACGACGUCUUGCAUGCAGCCGUUAUUGUCUGUUUUGCCAUAAAAGAUUUGACCAAAGGGCAGAAGAUUCAGCAGCAGCCGCAGCGGCCGCAGGAGCCACAGCAGAAUGAUCAAUCAACUGCGACGCCAACGGCGCACGCGCUGGCAGGCGAGCUUCGCUUUUCCAAGGACGACUUGUUCAAAGUACUGCAUGACGCCGAAGACAUUUAUGCCGAUUGGAAAAAGACGUGCUUGAAAGCAUCUCUGACAUUUAACGCCGUGUCGUGCUUGAUUGGAAAAGCCAAGGAACCUGACCAUUGUCCUGGCCCUCCCGUCACCUGUCCCGGUCCUUGUGUUACUUGCAAAAAGAAAACCCUCCCCACCAAGCCCAGCGUACCAAGACCGGCAGCAGCAGCAGCAGGACCAACACAUCCAGGCAACUAUCCCGAGUCCUUUGUCCGGUUGCAGCCAAUUGAUGCCGACGAUCAACCAAACGCUUCAUCUAACAACAAGCGAAAGGGGAAAGCCGCGGCAAUACAAGAUCCCGCGCUCGCGACUGCAGACUUCUCCGCCAUGGCCGGCAGUAGCGCAGGCGUUAGUCCCCGUGAUCAACAACAACACCAGCACCACCAGUCAACAUCGCCUUCAAUAAACAUGUUGACACCCACGUCCGCGCAGGACGUCAUGCUGAACGGACCUAAUACUCCUGGUCUCGUUGGGUCAGGUCACAUGAGCCGACAACAACAUCAAGCUAAUUGCUUCGAUCCCACUGUCGUUCCCUCGCCUGCUGGCCUGCCUACCCCCUUUGAAGCAGCUGCAGCCGCGCCGUCGGACUUUCAUAUCCCAGGCCUCGAUCAUAAUAGUAUGCAGCUCGACGCCACAGGCACAAGUCCAGGUUCAGGGUCUGCGCAGAAUGAGAGCAUGGCAUGGAAUUCUGCAAUUGAUAGAGAAUUCUGGGAUAACUUCAUGCAAACUCUCGACGUAGGCUGGGAUCCACCCGCAAGCGACUGGGUCGCGGGCAUGUACAUGCCUCCAUAGAUGCCGCAGGACUGUCUGAUCAAUUCUGUUCUCUUUACGGGGAAAUUACGGGGAAAUCGUAUUUACCGUGGUUCUAUUUGUCUCAUGAUUCCUUUUCUCCUUCUCGGGCUCUGGGUAUAGUUCCCAAUGCGUUAUUUUUCUCCGCUCCAGGAUGUUUUGAUAUAUAUAUAUAUAUAUAUCUUUCCCCGCUCUUUCUGUAUUAUCAGCCCUUGUAUAGAUACCCAUUUUAGUACAAAAAUGAAAGACGAUAUUU